CAUUUUUCCCCAUCGCACAAUACACACCCAUACAUACACAUCAACAGCUGAUGAAAUCAGCUGUUUUCGCGUUCUAAAAUUUUACAGUUCUUGAAAAUAUGAUUAAAACACAGCCUAGACAUUUAAUAAACCUGAAAUACUUCAGCCCUAACCUACUGUCUUCCCGUAAUUUGCACUAUGUUCAGGGUCAGACGCCAGAGCCGAAAAUACGCGAAUAUUUUUACUACAUUGAUCAUGAAGGAAUGCUCUUCUUGGACGAUGCUAGAAUGAAAAACUUCACCAGUUGCUUCAAGGAGAAGGAUUUCCUCAAGUUCUUCUUUUCCCGCCUCCGUCUGAACAAAACGCAGCGUUAUCUCAGCGACUUCCCGUACAUCUCGCUAUGCGGACGCGAACGCAACUUUAUACGUUGCGAUGACACGCCGCUUGUAUUCACCGAACAAUUGAAGAAGGCAGAUGGCGACGAGGAAGUUCUUAGCUAUGCCCAUGCUGGACAAGUCCUAACAUUGCCCUAUGAACCACACAAAUUAUACAUGGACCCCAAAAAUGGACGGGUUUAUCACCCAGCAACGCCCCAAGUGGGUGGCAUUGGCCUGGUUCGCUCUAAAUUGGCCAUUGAGCUCAGUCAAUACUUUGAAUUUCCAGCCGGAGAUGCGUCUCCAACACAUUUUAAAUGGCACGGAGAACGACUAAAGCUGGAAAAUGAUUGGGUUGCAGGGACUCAACGCUUUCCCAUGAGCGAGGAAUGUCAGUAGUUAAAUAGUAUAACAUUAAACUUUAAUGGAAUAUAAUUGAGACAACAUUCUAACUACGAUUAUUGGUUCCAGGACUAA